AUGAGCAGCGAGCUUUACCAGCAACUAACCGCUCCGAAUGGGGUUACCUACAACCAACCGUUGGGUCUCUUCAUCAACAAUGAAUGGCGGCGAUCAAGAGCAGAGGAAUUCAUAUCUGUUGUGAGUCCGAUUGACGAAAAUGAGAUUGCCAAAGUCCAUGCUGGCGGCGAGGAAGACACCGACGAUGCUGUCAAAGCUGCACGGGCAGCGCUCAAGGGUCCUUGGUCGCAUCUGUCUGGAACCGAGCGAGGCGAAAUGAUGCGCAAGCUCGCUGAUCUUGUUGAUGCUGCCACAAACGAACUUGCUACUAUUGAUACCUGGAAUAACGGCAAACGGUUUUCGUCUGCACAAGGAGAUGUUGGUGGGCUGACAGGCGUGCUUCGAUAUUACGCUGGUUUCGCUGAUAAACAGUACGGACAAGUGAUAAGUACAACUGAGAAGAAGUUUGCCUAUACCACUGUUGGUCCGAUAGGCGUUUGUGGGCAGAUCAUUCCUUGGAAUUAUCCUUUGGGAAUGGCUGGCUGGAAGAUCGCCCCAGCCCUUGCCGCCGGCAACUGUGUGGUACUCAAGCCAGCCGAGCAGACACCUCUGUCCAUCCUAUUCUUUGCAGACAUCGUUAAGAAAGCAGGAUUUCCGCCUGGCGUGAUCAACAUCGUUAACGGGUUUGGAAAGAAGGCUGGUGUAGCUUUAGCCGCUCACAUGGAUCUUGACAAGAUUGCCUUCACUGGAUCCACAGCUACUGGACGCGAGGUAACAAGACUUGCAGCGAACAAUCUGAAAGAGAUUACUAUUGAGUCGGGAGGAAAGUCUCCUCUGCUCGUUUUUGAGGAUGCAGAUUUGGAUCAAGCUAUUAAGUGGAGUCACUAUGGCAUCAUGGCCAACCAAGGUCAGAUCUGUACUGCAACAAGUCGCAUCUUAGUACAUGAAAAGGUGUACCCGCAAUUCAUUGAACUCUUCAAGGAGAGAGUCAAAUCUUGUAAGAUCGGCAACCCCUUUGACAUCGAUACUUUCCAGGGGCCGCAGGUCUCAAAGGCACAAUAUGAAAGAGUGCUAUCGUUCAUCGAGAGCGGUAAAGCUGAAGGGGCUACUGUUGCUCUUGGUGGCCAACCAACUGCAGUCAACGGCAAGGGCUUCUACAUCGAGCCGACUAUCUUCAUCAAUGCUUCGGAUGACAUGAAGAUAGACCGUGAGGAGAUCUUCGGUCCUGUAGCUGUCAUCAGCCCAUUCCAAACGGAAGAUGAAGCGGUGCGUCGGGCUAACGACACGAUUUAUGGCCUUGGUGCGGCCAUCUUCACGCAAGAUAUCACUCGAGCACAUCUCAUCGCGAAUAAGAUUGACGCAGGAAUGGUGUGGAUCAACAGCAGCAAUGACUCUGACUUCCGCAUACCUUUUGGAGGAGUCAAGCAGUCUGGUAUCGGUCGUGAGUUGGGAGAGGAAGGAAUCCGUGCUUACACGAGCAGGCGGUCAGUUCAUGUGAAUGUAGGAAACGUGUUAUAG